CAAGUGUCACCCUGCCGGUUGAUUACCUCAUUAAAUAAUGACCUAUGCCUGCAUAAGUAUUACCCGUUGCAACGCACGGGUAUAUACCUAGUUUUAUAUGUGUCUAUUACCAUCAGCAGCAACAUUUACAGAUUAGAUAAAACAAGAGUGGCUAGAAUGCAACCGCACAGAAGCCCGAGUUUCCGUUCCCAGCAACCCAGGCAGGCAGACACAAUGAAAAAUGAUUGAAAUACUGCGAGUGUGGCAAACAAACUAGCUAGUUCCAAUUUUGAGCACUGCUACUUUACAUAAGUAAAUGACCAAACCUAUCACCAAAAAGGAAAUUGUGUACACAAAAUGGAAGAAAAAACACAGGACGAAAUACGCGAGAAAUUCCAGGACACAGCGGCGGUCACGCGUUUUCUGACGGCUGACCUGAUUGGGAGCACGCCGCUGCCGUUGGAGUUGACGCCCCGGCCUGGAGCCACCGUCAUCGAGGGGGGAUUGCCGCGUUCGGCGCCGCUCGCGGUGACGGUCGGCCUCGCACUCGCUACUGGUGGUGGUGGAAGCCUCGCACUCGCUAUCGCUAGUCGCUACUGAUGGUUCCAAGAGCAAAGGCCCAUGUUGUUUGGGAUCCAGUAGGCCCAAUCAAGCCGUUGACUCCGAGGAGAGCCGCUUCCGAUGUCCUCGCCUCUUGCCGACACCUUCACCCACUCCCAGCAGGCCAGCACACAUUGGCGACGCUUCUCGCCGGAGAAGGGUGGGCGGAGGAUGCCCUGCCUGGCCCCUGCCAAUUGACGGCCACAUGGCUUCUUCUAGCAGGUUUAUGCAUCCGGGGGCUCAAGUUGGAUACUCGACAGCGGGUGCACGAACCACAUGACUGGUAUCAUUUUCUUAGGGAUCACCAACAAAAGGGAGAUAUCGAGAUUUCUUAUAUUAACACUAAAGAUCAAUUAGCCGAUAUCUUUACCAAGCCACUUGAUGAACAAUCUUUUACCAAACUUAGGCAUGAGCUCAAUAUUCUUGAUUCUAGAAAUUUCUUUUGCUAACUUGCACACAUAGCUCAUUUAUAUACCUUUGAUCCUUUCUCUUUCAUAUGCUAUGACUAAUGUGUUUUUCAAGUGUAUUUCAAACCAAGUCAUAGGUGUAUUGAAAGGAAAUUGGAGUCUUUGGCGAAGACAAAGGCUUCCACUCCGUAACUCAUCCUUCGCCAUCGCUCCAAGAAAAGGACCUUGUCUUUGGGGGAGAGAGUAAGAGCCCAAAGCUAAAAGAUCGGACUUCGUCUUUGGUAUAAUCUCAACUCAUUUUUUUGACCAAAGGGGAAGAAAGCACUUCGAGAGCUCUAAUGAUUCCGUUUUUGGCGAUUCAUGCCAAAGGGGGAGAAAGUAAGAGCCCAAAGCAAAAGGACCGCACCACCACCAAUUUCAAAAUCUUAAGUGUUGAAUAUUUUCAAUUGGUAUCCUAUUGUGUUAAAAAGGGGGAGAAAGUAGUAUUUCAAAAUGAUAUAUCAAAACCCUCUUGAACACUAAGAGGAGGAUCUCAUUUAGGGGGAGUUUUUGUUUAGUCAAAGUAAGAGCAUUUGAAACAGGGCGAGAAAAUUUCAAAUCAAUCUUGAAAAUGGUUUGCAAACUCUUAUUCAUUUACCUUUGACUAUUUGCAAAAGAACUUAGAAAAGAUUUACAAAAGAUUUUGCAAAAACAAAACAUGUGGUGCAAGCGUGGUCCAAAAUGUUAUAUAAUAAAGAAACAAUCCAUGCAUAUCUUGUAAGUAUUUAUAUUGGCUCAAUUCCAAGCAACCUUUACACUCAUAUUAUGCAAACUAGUUCAAUUAUGCACUUCUAUAUUUGCUUUGGUUUGUGUUGGCAUCAAUCACCAAAAAGGGGGAGAUUGAAAGGGAAUUUGGGUUACACCUAGUUCAUAUAUAAUUUUGGUGGUUGAAUUGCCCAACACAAAUCUUUGGACUAACUAGUUUGCCUAAGUGUAUAGAUUAUACAGGUGUAAAAGGUUCACUCUCAGCCAAUAAAAAGACCAAGUUUUGGAUUCAACAAAGGAGCAAAGGGGCAACCGAAGGCACCCCUGGUCUGGCGCACCGGACUGUCCGGUGUGCCACCGGACAUGUCCGGUGCACCAGGGGGACUCAGACUCAAACUCGCUACCUUCGGGAAUUUCCAGAGGCGACUCGGCUAUAAUUCACCGGACUGUCCGGUGUACACCGGACAGUGUCCGGUGCGCCAAGGGAGGUCGGCCUCAGGAACUCGCCAGCGUCGGGAAACUCCAACGGCUCGUCCACUAUAAUUCACCGGACUGUCCGGUGUGCACCGGACUGUCCGGUGCGACUCCAGAGCAACGACUACUUCGCGCCAACGGCUACCUGCUGUAGCAUUUAAUGCGCGCACAGCGCGCACAGGAGUCAGAAUCGCCCAUGCUGGCACACCGGACAGCCAACAGUACCUGUCCGGUGUGCACCGGACACCCUGGCGGGCCCACAAGUCAGAAGCUCCAACGGUCUGAAUCCAACGGCAUUGAUGACGUGGCAGGGGGCACCGGACUGUCCGGUGUGCACCGGACUGUCCGGUGCGCCAUCGAACAGACAGCCUCCCAACGGCCAUUUUUGGUGGUUGGAGCUAUAAAUACCCCAACCACCCCACCAUUCAUUGCAUCCAAGUUUUCCCACUUCUCAACCACUUACAAGAGCUAGGCAUUCAAUUCUAGACACAUACAAAGAGAUCAAAUCCUCUCCAAUUCCACACAAGGCUUUAGUGAUUAGCGAGAGAGAUUUGCCGUGUUCUUUUGAGCUCUUGCGCUUGGAUUGCUUCUUUUCUUUCUCACUUGCUCUUGUGAUCAACACUCAAUUGUAAUCAAGGCAAGAGGCACCAAUUGUGUGGUGGCCCUUGCGGGGAAGUUUUGUUCCCGGCUUUAAUUUGAGAAGAGAAGCUCACUCGGUCCGAGGGACCGUUUGAGAGAGGGAAGGGUUGAAAGAGACCCGGCCUUUGUGGCCUCCUCAACGGGGAGUAGGUUUGAAAGAACCGAACCUCGGUAAAACAAAUCCGCGUGUCACACACUUCGUUAUUCGCUUGCGAUUUGUUUUGCGCCCUCUCUCGCGGACUCGUUUAUACUUCUAACGCUAACCCGGCUUGUAGUUGUGUUUAUAUUUGUAAAUUUCAGUUUCGCCCUAUUCACCCCCCCUCUAGGCGACUAUCACCAGCGCUCUGCUCUCUGCCGCCUCUUCACUUUCUCAGUGCGGCUGCCGUCGUCGUUCCCAGGGCGGCUGCCGCGCGCGCCCCUGCCGCGCGCGCCCCUGCUGCCCUCCAGUGCGCGCCCCUGCUGCUGAUGUGCCUGCUGCCGCGCGCGCCCUGCUGUGCUGCUGCCGCGCGCGAUGAGUUGGAGUCGCGGGCGAGGUGGAUCCGACGAGAUCCAUGGCGGAGGGCGAGGAGGCUCCGAUGGAUCUAUGGCUGGGGGCGAGGUAGCUCCGACGAGGUACAUGGCGCGGGUGGAGGCAGCUGCGAUUCCGACGAGGUCCACGUCGGAGGGCGAGGAGGCCGUGACUGGAUCUAUGGCGGGGGGCGAGUGGGCUGCUGCAGGGUCCAUGGUGGAGGAGAGGAAGGUCCGACGGGAUCCAUGGCUGGGGGUGGUGGAGCUGGCUGCGACGGUAUCUACGGCGGGGGGCGAGGGUGUCCCGACAGGAUCCAUUUUCGCUGUCCGGCGACAGCAACCUGUUGUGAAGCAGGCGGGUCUGGUGUUCCACUGCGCGAAGGUUGUGUCCCGGCAUCUGGUGGCACUGUCGAUCCAGGCAUCAUUUCCUCUCCUAUGGUUAAGUUGAUUGAAACUUUUGCUGUUUUUUGCAAGUCUCAGAGAACUGCUUAUAGGGAGAAGGUGUUAAUUGAAGCAGAGAAACAAUUUCUGCAUGAUUUCACUUUUUUCAAGGAAAAGUUAUCAGUUGAUUUUGGCCAAAUAGUGGAUGUCGAAUGCAUUGAUAGUACUUGCCAAGUUCUGUGUGACAAGGUCAGGGGUUGUUGUUCAAUUUGCAAGUCAAGGUGUACUGAAGCUAUCAUCGAUUCUCUAAAAAUUUUGGCUGAAGCAAUGACUAUUAAGCAUCAGAAGUUUUUGAAUUCCAACAACCUUCUGGCGAAAGAUAUGGAUAUUAAGUCAGAUGAGAAAGCUACCAAAAUUGAUACCAAUGUGCAGCCAGUUGAUGUUAAGUCGAAUGAGAAAGGGGCUGGUGUGGACAUUGUUGAGGCUUCUCAUGGAAAAGCUCAUGUGGUUUUUAGCUAGAUGAUGCUGGGGUUAUGGUUAAUGAACUACUACUUACUACUAAUUACCAGGUGCAAGUGUAACUUCUGAUCUGCUUUUCGUCUACUGUGUCACUCCACUGUGUAGCAAUCAGAGCAGUAACCUUACUAGUAUCUCUGUUCAAACAAAGGAAGUGCACCAUACAAUCUACAGUUUAAUCACCCUACCUGUGCCUUGCAUCAGUUUUAAACGUUGGAGCUCAUUCCUGUCAGUUUCUCUCUCCCUCUCUGAAUUUUUGACAGCUCUACUUGGAGCAGGAUCUACCAUUUUCCCUGUGCAUCUGAAAAUCACGCUGUGCUAUACAUAUAAAUACUGCCAGUCUCCAGAGCUGGCUCUGCGUGCUGUCUGUCUGUCUGCCUAGCUGUGACUGUGAGCGAGCAUCCGGGUUAUCUGUCUGCCUAGCUGUGACUGUGUCUGUCAUCCUAUGUGGUCUAAUAUUACAAUGACUUUAUGAAGUUGUUGUGUUUCUGUUCUCUGUAACUAGACACAGGAGAGAUUGUUCAUCUUAUAUGCUGAAUUGUUAUGUUCAUCCUAUGUGGUCUAAUAUGUCUGUUAUCCCAAUGAAUCAGGAUUUCCAGGAGAACAGGUUGUUGAUGUCAUUUGUUAAUUUCCAUGAGCAAGAGAAGAUCUCUAAAGAAAUCGUAACACACGCUAUAGAAAGCUGCAUGAAGAAACAAGCAGAUAACUUGUAUUGUUUUUUUUGUAUAUUAGUUUUUUUUCUCUAUUUUUAGAGAAAAAAACUACGUGUUUAUUAUGACCAUUAGAUCUUGAUCUAGUGGAUAUGAGAUGUGUGUGUUUUGUGUUUGCAAAACACACAGAUUUUCCUUUAAAAGAAAUCUGCGUGUUUUUUCAGCUAAAAACACACGUGUGUUUUUUGGGCAAAAAUUGCCCAUGUGCUGUAUAGACAGUCCCUAUAAGUUUUACUUUGUGUUCUUGCAAGA